CGGGGCAGCAGCGGGGAGAUCGACAGUCCUGCACACCCACAGGGUGGAGGAGAAGGGGGCCAGCAGGCUGCAGGAAUUCAGCCUGGGGGGCUGGGACUGUCACCGAGGGGGAUUUCCCCUCUUUGAGCCGGACUGGGGAUCCCUCCACCUACCCUUUCACUGUGCUUCUUAAAGGAAUCACAGUGUUUUUCCUUUGACUCCAUGGAAGCCAGACCCGGGACGCUCUGUGGAGGCUUUGAAACUUUCCUUCCCACUUCCUUCCUAGCUGGCAGCCGUCCUCUGGCUGACUGAGUGGGGGCCUCCCAGGCAUGGCACUGACCAGCCGACUCAGUGCUGACUUGGCUCCUGGGCUCGAUCAGCCUCUGGUGGCAUCUUGCUUUCCCCCUGCUGGGGUGCGGUGGUGGUGAGUGGGGGGGCCCAGCCCUGAGCGAGCUUGGAGAGUGCCACUGGCACCCCCAUCGCCCUCUACCCCCAAGCUGGAGGACAGUCAGGUCGUUGGGGGCUAUGAUGAGAUGAGUGGGGGCCGCUUUGACUUUGACGAUGGCGGGGCGUACUGCGGGGGCUGGGAGAAUGGAAAGGCCCACGGGCAUGGGCUGUGCACUGGCCCCAAGGGCCAGGGAGAGUACUCGGGCUCCUGGAACUUCGGCUUUGAAGUGGCGGGCGUCUACACCUGGCCCAGCGGAAACACCUUCGAGGGAUACUGGAGCCAGGGCAAACGGCACGGGCUGGGCAUAGAGACCAAGGGACGAUGGCUCUACAAGGGAGAGUGGACACACGGCUUCAAGGGACGCUACGGAAUCCGGCAGAGCAGCAGCAGUGGUGCCAAAUACGAGGGCACCUGGAACAAUGGCCUGCAGGACGGCUACGGCACUGAGACCUAUGCAGAUGGAGGGACUUACCAAGGCCAGUUCACCAACGGCAUGCGCCACGGCUACGGUGUUCGCCAGAGUGUGCCCUACGGGAUGGCCGUGGUGGUGCGCUCGCCGCUACGCACAUCGCUCUCGUCCCUGCGCAGCGAGCACAGCAAUGGCACAAUGGCCCCAGACUCGCCCACCUCGCCGAUUUCAGAUGGCCCGCCACUGCCCUCGCCUGCCAUCCCACGCGGUGGCUUCGCACUCAGCCUGCUGGCCAACGCCGAUGUGGCCGCGCGGGCGUCCAAGGGCAGCGGCCUGUUCCAGCGGGGCGCGCUGCUCGGCAAGCUGCGGCGGGCCGAGUCCCGCACGUCCCUGGGCAGCCAGCGUAGCCGUGUCAGCUUCCUCAAGAGCGACCUAAGCUCGGGUGCCAGCGACGCAGCUUCCACCACCAGCCUGGGCGAGGGCGCCGAUGAGGCAGCGCCCUUCGAGGCUGACAUCGAUGCCACCACCACAGAGACCUACAUGGGCGAGUGGAAGAACGACAAGCGCUCGGGCUUCGGCGUCAGUGAGCGCUCCAGUGGCCUCCGGUACGAGGGCGAGUGGCUGGACAACCUUCGCCACGGCUACGGCUGCACCACACUGCCAGAUGGCCGCCGCGAGGAGGGCAAGUACCGCCACAAUGUUCUGGUCAAAGGCACCAAGCGCCGCGUGCUGCCGCUCAAGAGCAACAAAGUCCGACAGAAGGUGGAGCACAGUAUGGAGGGCGCCCAGCGUGCUGCCGCCAUCGCGCGCCAGAAGGCAGAGAUAGCUGCCUCCAGGACAAGCCAUGCCAAGGCCAAAGCUGAGGCUGCGGAACAGGCCGCUCUGGCCGCCAACCAAGAAUCCAACAUUGCCCGCAGUUUGGCCCGGGAGCUGGCGCCGGACUUCUACCAGCCAGGUCCGGAGUAUCAGAAGCGCCGACUGCUCCAGGAGAUCCUAGAGAACUCGGAGAGUCUGCUGGAGGCCCCCGACCGGGUUCCCGGCGCCGCUGGCCUCCCGGAGCGGCCCCGCGAGAGCCCGCAGCUGCACGAGCGCGAGACCCCGCGGCCCCACGGUGGCCCCCCGUCGCCGGCCGGGACACCCCCGCAGCCCAAGCGGCCCCGCCCGGGGGCGACCAGGGACGGCCUGCUGAGCCCAGGCUCCUGGAACGGCGAGUCCGGCACCGAGGGCAGCCGGCCGGUCACGCCGUCCGGGGGCCGCCGCAGCCCAGCGCGUCCCGCCACGGAGCACAUGGCCAUCGAGGCGCUGCAGGCGCCGCCCGCGCCCUCGCGGGAGCCGGAGGUGGCGCUGUACCAGGGGUACCACAGCUACGCGGUGCGCACGGUCCCCUCCACGCCGCCGCCCGUAGAGGAAGAGCCCUCCUCGCCCGAGGUCUACGAGUCUGACUCCGCGCCCUCGACCCCGGCCACCGCCCCAGUGCAGAUCCCUGCGCUUCAGGCCCCAGAGCCAGAGCCGGCGCCCGAGCCCCCCGCCAAGCUGGAACCCAAGCCCAUCGUCCCCAAAGCCGAGCCCAAGGCCAAGGCCCGCAAGACUGAGGCCCGAGGGCUGACCAAGGCUGGGGCCAAAAAGAAGUCUCGGAAGGAGGCAGCGCUGGUGGCCGAGGCCGCGGUGGAGGUGGAGGAGGUCCCCAACACCGUCCUCAUCUGUAUGGUGAUCCUGCUUAACAUCGGCCUGGCCAUCCUCUUCGUUCACCUCCUCACCUGACCCUCAUCUGCCAGAGCGAGGAGUUCCUGCGGAGGACGCAAGCCCCACCUUUCUGUGAGGGGCGGCCAAGGAGGACUGGACUCCGGACCAGAGCCCUGGGUCCCGGCUCACACCCACACUGAGAACAUUGAAGCGGGCCUCCCAGAGGCCUAGAAUGUGCUGGAAACCCUCCUGGAGCUCUGCCCAGGGGCGGGGAAAGCCCUGAUCUGCUCCUGUCCCUCAUGCUCAUUCACUCCUUCACCUUGUCCCUAGGUCACUCCCUCCUUGGGCUUUUGUGUGUUUUGGGAGAAGUCACCAAACCAGAAUAUUAAUUAAAUCCCAGCUCCCUUCCUGCUUCCCUUCUCCCGCUUUAUUUUAACCUCUGGCUGCUGGGCUGACAGACCCCUGGGGUGGGUCAGCAGUCAGGGAGACCCUCUGCUCUCGGAUAGUGCGGAGUCCCCUCCUUUCACUGUCGUGAGCCAGCACACACGCUGUCCCCUGCUUACAGGUGUUCUGGGUGGCAGUAGAGGAAUCGGACACGCUCGGUUUGCAUAUUCCAGGACCCAGUGCUCCUGUCUCCUCCCACCUGUUCAGCUAGCUCCCCUCCCUUCCUGACCAAGAGAAGAGGAGAACACAGGAGGGGCUGGAGCAUUUGGUGGGGAGGCCACUGACCAGGUGGCCAGGGGUGGGGGUGGGGAGAAGGGCUAAGGGGAGUUUGGACGGCCCUUGAAUGUGUGUGUGCCUGAGCCUGGGCUGGCGUUGCAUUUAGGGCUUGCAGUGUGCUCAGGGUGCGAGGGGUCACUGUGCAGGAGCCCUGGGGUUGGCGAGACAAAGCUGCUGCUACGCCCUGUGGAUUGGUUUGGCUGCUUCCCCCACCAGGGCCCACCAGGGGGCAUUGAACAUGGAAGCCUUGGGAAGACCAAGCAGAUUUCCCUGGGGCCCACAUUCAGGCAGGCGCUGAAGACAGGCUGCUGGUCACCAGGCAUUUCCCAGGGCCAGAGGAGCAACUCCAGUGCUUCCCCACCCAGGGUGGUCCGCAUGAUGAUAAGCCCCUCAGCUUGUGUGGCAGAAGAGGUUUGCAUGUAGCUCCUUACAGAAGUUUGGUACCACACUGGGUGUCUAGUCCUGAAUGCCAGCAGGGGGACGGUCGAAGCUGAGGGUUGGUGGCCUCUGCCCCUGGGAGGAUGAAGAGAGUGUUCCACACCCCUCCAAGCUGGGGAAGGACUUGGCGAUGACAUCCAGACAGAGCUGGAGGGGCUGCCACUCUCCUGCCUUUGUUUCCAUGGACCUGGGGGCCUUGAACUUGUGACUCGGCCUCCCCAGGCCAGGUCUGCAACUGGAAGUUCACUUCUGAUGGGGUCUGCUUUUCCUCCCCCCUGAAUACUUGGGUCCAGUGUCACACUUGCUAUUUCAAGUCCUGCUGGGACCUCGUGGACUGCAUUUCCGUAAACAGAAGCCUGUGGAUUCUCCCAUCCUCCACUGGCCAAGGCCUUCAGCUCUGCAUCAGUGUUUCGGCUUUUCUGGACUCCUAGGGAAUGAGGAGGGCAGGUUGGAGGCACCACUCAGGGCUGAUCGGGUCCAGGCCCCGGCUCUUGGGUCAUAGUCCAGGUUUCUUGGUCUGGCCCAGGGCCAUCAGCUCCCGGGCCUGGUUUGGGGGCUCAUGUGUGGGGCAAGGACUCAGGAAGCUGCGGUCUGUGCAUUAAUAAACCUGCAUCUGCUCACAGGC